UCCUUCAACAACAACAGCUCGUCAGACACCUCGGUAGCUUUCUGGCAAACAUAGCUACAACAUUCACGCUCGUUACACUGUUUUGGUGUUUUACGGUUCUGUCGUUUAGCUAAUUACCUAAUUUAAUGUUAUAUGUACAUUGUUACUCAGCUAGCUGGCUUGAUAAGUUAGCUUAGAGCUAGGCUAGUCGCUAAUGCUACCUAGCUAACAUCUCGGACCAUGAGUUCACUGAGCUGCUCUCCUCCUGCUAAAGAAGAGGGGGUCUGCUGGACGGAGGAAGAGGGUCUGUGGUUGAACGUUGUCGUGAAAGAGGAGAAAGAAGAGGAGGAUGUCACCGUUAAAAAACAAGUAGAGGUUGAGUCUGUUCCGGUUAAAGACGAAGAAAAAUACGUUACUGUGAAAGAAGAGGAAGACGCGUUCAGAGUGAAAGAGGAGGAGGAUGUUACAGUAAAAGAAGAGGAGCAAGAGGAGGAUGCAGGAGAGGAGGGGGAGAUUACUGCCACAUUGAAAGAAGACGACGACGACGAGGAGGAGACAGAAGAUCUGAUUAAGACCAGAGAGAGACCAGACUCUCACUCUGACAGCGGAAAGAGUCCUUCAGGGGAACCAGACCCAGAGACGCCCAAACCAGGGAGACAACACCACUGCUCCCAAUGUGAAAAGAGAUUUUCCAAAUCAGGGGACCUAAAACGGCAUGAGAGGAUACACACAGGGGAAAAGCCUUUCCAAUGUUCCCAGUGUGGAAAGUGUUUUAACCGCUUAAGCAACCUGAAGGCGCAUGAGAGGAUACACACAUUAUUUCCAAUGUUCCCAGUGUGGGAAGCGUUUUGCCUGUUUAAGCAGGCUGAAGAGGCAUGAGAGGACACACACAGGGGAAAAUCCUGUCCAAUGUUCCCAGUGUGGAAAGAGUUUUACCCACUUAAGGAGCCUGAUGACGCAUGAGAGGACACACACAGGGAAAAUCCUUUCCAAUGUUCCCAGUGUGGAAAGCAUUUUACCCGCUUAAGUAGCCUGACGACGCAUGAGAGUAUACACACAAGGGAAAAGCCUUUCCAAUGUUCCCAGUGUGGAAAGAGUUUUACCCGCUUAAGGAGCCUGGAGGAGCAUGAGAGGAUACACACAGGGGAAAAUCCUUUCCAAUGUUCCCAGUGUGGAAAGCGUUUUACCCGCUUAAGGAGCCUGGAGGAGCAUGAGAGGACACACACAGGGAAAAGCCUUUCCAAUGUUCCCAGUGUGGAAAGAGUUUUACCCGCUUAAGUAGCCUGAAGAAGCAUGAAAAGAUACACACAGGGGGAAAGCCCUACCAAUGCUCCCUGUGUGGAAAGAGUUUUACCAACUUAAGACAUCUGAAUAAGCAUUCAUCUACCAGUGCUCACAUUGUGGAAAGACAUUUUCCUGUUCAGAGGACCUGAAAACACAUGAGAGAAUAUAGAGGCUGAUUUCUGACUUAUGUUUUUGACCUGGGAAUUUAGGUUUUUGUUUAUGCCAAAUUAAAUCAUAUUGUUUACAUGAAAUCAUUGACAAAAUAGACCUACUUUUUUCAAGUUUUCAUCUGGAGAUGAUAAAUACUAUAAAUGAUAAAUACUAUACAAUGGAUUAACUUUCAUCAAUUGCAUAGGAGUAUAAACCCCUCUAAUAUUGUUCAUUAUAUUUUUGGGAUAUUGCUAAAUGUUAAUUAUUAUAUAGAUGAAUGGAGUUUUGGAUUUCUUGAUUCUAACCUUAAACUUCUUGGAUUGGAUGUGAUCUGGCUUUUCGCUAAAUGAAUUUGAUUUGAAUACAUGAUUUAGAUAUUGCACCAUGUAAAUGAUUGAAUACAUGAUUUAGAUAUUGCACCAUGUAAAUUAUUGAAUAAAUUAAUAGAAUGAGCAUUUCUUGAUUUUGAACAUUGAAACCUCUUGAAUUCAGUCGUUUUGUUUCAUUGAGUUCAUUUGUUUACUUGUCGUCAAGAUAAAGAACAAUGAAAAAGUGAUGGCGUUUUUAUAACAGCAUUGACUAGUUGUUGACCUGAAAAACAUGAAUGUUCCCACCAAUUCCACUAUGUAGAAGCAGUAUAGACGUGUUCAUAUCAA